AUGAAUUAAGUUAAACAGGAUAAUCCAUAAUAAUCUAAUUACGAGCAGUCUCGAAUUGGAGUUGCUUUUGGUGACGAUUUUGAAAAGGGUCCAGUUUCCUUUAGGUAUUAAAUUGCAUUUCUAAAUGAGAGCUGAAGUCCACUUUAAUGAGUAAAAGGCAAUAGAUUAAUAUGAUACCCUCAAAAAUAUAGUUGGAGAUCAUAUUGACAUUGAUUGGGCUCUGGUUUGUUUCCUCCGAUAUUAACCAGGCAAAAAGGAAGCCUUGAUUGAAUCAAUUACAAAAAUAAAGGAUAGACGUAUAAUGUUAUAUUGAAUCAUUAGCUCGGUUUGAGGCCUUUGAAUGUAAGAUUCACUCAGAUGAAACCUAUGUUUAUUUCAGCGUUAAACUUAGAGAGGAUGAGGAAAGUAAACUGAAAGGAGGUCUUGAAGUGAUUUUAGAAAAUGGUAUAUUGAUUUUAGUAACUUAAGGAUUAAGAGAGAUGGUAAAGACCUAGGAUAAUUAUUUAAACUUUGAGUUUGAUGCAAACUAUGAUUUUGAAGAAUUGGUAUAAGCUGUAUCUAAAGGCGAGAGGGUUGGAGCAGCAUUCUUAAAACAAAUUAGGUAAACAAGAAUUAUAAAUAAAAGAGCUGAAUUGAAUUUAUUUUUGACAAAGAAUUUCUAUCAAGGAAUAGAAAAAUUUGUUGAAGGAAUCGAUAAAGAAUCCUUGGAGUCUCCUCCUUUGGCAUUCUUAAAACAUUUUAAGAAUUUAGACAUGGAUUUGAGAUUCAGAUCAACUGAUGAAUUGCCAUAAGUUAUCAAGAAUUAGAUGAUCUUUGGAGAGGAAUUUUAGACCUUGGCAUAGGAAGAAUUAUAAUUACCUAUCAAUCGUACAAAAUAGGUAAAUACUAUUAUGGAAGUAAUUAAUCAUCAGUUAUUUAGGCAGCAGCAGAUAAUGGAUUCAUUUAUUUGACUAUUUCAGACCUAUUUGCUCUUAAAGUUGAAUCGCAUACACCCAAAUUGUCUACUUUUUUAACAAAAUACGGAAAGUACUUGGCAAAAUUAGUAGGAUUAGGAGAAUUUGUUCCAGAAGCAUGA